CUGUUGUCACCUUACUUAAGCCGAUUAAGGUUUAGUUUCUUAAAGGUAGCAAAAAAAGGGGAGGGGAGUAUAUCAAGGACCGUGGACAUUAUUUCUUGCAGACAAUUGUCUGCUUUUGUUUAAUCACACCGGUGGUUCGAUAAAAGGAUCGCCUGAUGCCAAAUGAGAGAGGUGAAUGGCUGACUUCGUGUAAGAUGGGUUUUACUUGAUUUGAUCGCUGGAUGGCGCCAAGAUCACACGACAGAGUCUGCGCAGUCAGCCCACGUGUUGGGAGCUUCCUUGUUGAAGCGUUGUCUUCGUCAACAAGCUGAACGAGCUGGUUUGAAGUGUUUCUAAACUAUGGAUGAGUUACCUGCGGACCUAAGAGAGUUCCUCCUGAAUCACCCCUUUCUUCAGCUCACAGGCGGUAAAAAGAUCAAAUGUACUUUAAAUGGCCACGAGAUUCCCUGCAAAUUGGCCGAGCUGCAGAAGUUCACUGAGGGGAAGAAAUAUGAGAAACUGAGUGCUGCAGCAGAGUUCAACUACAGCCAGUAUGAGCCGCACAUCGUGCCAAGCACAAAGCAACCCAAUCAGCUCUUCUGUAAGCUGACCCUUCGGCAUCUCAACCGGCAGCCGCACCACGUCUUAAGGCACGUCAACGGAAAACGCUUCAAGAAAGCCCUCUCUAAAUAUGAAGAAUGUGUGAAGCAGGGGAUUGAAUUCAUUCCAACCAGACUGACGCAGAAAAGGCCCAGAAACACUGAAGAGGAGGGCAGUCGAGGAAACCCUUCCAAGCAUUCAAGCAGCACGUGGGAACCCUCAUCCAGUGAUGACGGUCAUAGUGACUCUGAGGACAGCAUGAGCGACCUCUACCCCCCCUCCAUAUUCACUUUGAAAAACCAAGCAGAAGAAAGUAUGGAGGACGGAAGGAAAGAGGAGGAAGAUGACUUUCAGACAGAUGAGGAUGAAGAAAUGGAGGUUGAAAAACAGGCGGUGCAGAAACGCAAAAAGGCUCAGGGUGGUGGAUUUCACAAGAAACAAAGAAAUAACAGCUGGAGAUCAAGCAAAAUGAAAAAGAAACACAGAAAAGCCCAAAAUGGAAAGUAAAAUCCAAACCCCCAUAUGAAGAGUAUUUUUAUAUACCCUGCCACGACAUCUAGUUUGGAGUGUUAUUCCUGUGUCAGAAUCAGCCUGUGACCCUUCAACAUCUAUUACGCGAGGAUGUUUUUGGUUCCUGAGUUCCACUGGUCCAACAAAGGCUGAUUUACAUGAUGCAUAGAAAAUGUGUUUAAAAGUUCCUUUGGACUGGAUAAGGUGUGUUUUCUGGUUUGCAUUCAACUGCACUAGUGUAAAAUAUAACUCGGUUUGAAUUUGCAA